CCCGCACAGCCCGCACCGCUCUGAGUUCCGCGCAGUUUGCGGUGGUUCCGACCUGACACCGACUUUUCGUGUCACCGACGCGCGCGUGUGUGUGUGUGUGUGUGUGUGUGUUCCCGAGCUUCGCGCAAAUAAAAAUGCGCACCGAAUCGCUCCUGCGUUUCUGAGACGCGCGUGUUUGACAUGUCGACCGGGAGCGCGUACGAGAACCGGCGCGUCGUGGAGAACUAUCUGACGCACAAGCUGCGCAUGACCGGGAGCGCAAGCCUCUGCGCCAGCGCCGACGACCGGGAGCGCGUGAACCGCGCCCUGCGCGAGGCCGGGGAUGAACUGGAGCGCGCCUUUCGACCGGAGCUGAUGGAGAUGACCAAGCAGCUGUUCGCGGCCCCGGCGGGCGCGGAGCACCGGCGCUUCGUGGCCGUGGCGGACGAGCUGUUCCGGGACGGCGCGAACUGGGGGCGCGUGCUCGCGUUCCUGGAGUUCGGUGCGCUGGUGUGCGCGCGCUGCGCUCCCGACGGUGAGAGGAACGCGCGCGCUGAGAAGGUCGCGCGCUGGAUGGCGGAGUAUCUGGACGGACCCCUGAGCACCUGGAUCCUGACCAACGGAGGAUGGGAGGGCUUCGCUGACCUCUACACCGGACAGCAGGACUCGGUUUGCAGAAGCUCCUGGUCAUCUUUGACCACCUCCGUCUUCAGUCUGGCGGCGCUGGGGGCGGUCGGCCUGACCCUAGGGGCGUACCUCGCCCAAAAAUGAAGCCCCGCCUUCAUCCACGGUCUUCUUGAUCUCCUGAGGACACCCCCACACCCCUCCAACUUCGUUUGGUUCCUCGUUCCUUUGGAGGUUCUGGAACCCUGGAUCCCUGGAGCAGCGUCUCUUCAGGACGGUUCCUCAGUUUGAGAGGGAACUUUAGAACCAUAAAAGUGAACCGCGGUUCCGGUUCCACCAGGGAACACUUGGCGCUGGGCAGGAACACCCAAGGACCUCGUCACGGAUAUUAAAAACAAACUUUCUUAUUAUAAAAAAUAUAUAAAUAUAUAAAGUUUAUUUUAUUUCACGCUGUUUGUAAUGUGCACUAUAUGACCAAAAGUAUGUGGACGCCCCUUUUAAUGACUGAAUGUAGCUGUUAUACAACUAUGAUCUGAGGUAAAUAAUUUGCUUCGCCUUCGACAUUGUGCCAACAGUUUAGGGAGUCCGCUUUCCAUUUCAGCCUACAGACGUGCACGAAUGAUCUCCAGUUGCUCUACACAGAGACCUGGGCUGAGUGGGCACAAAUCCCCACAGACGUACUCCAAAGUCCUGUAGAAAGGCUCCCCAGGAAGGAAAGAAGGAGCGAGUCAGUAUGAAUGCAUGCAGUUUUGGAACAAGCUCACGCUCAGGUGUCCAAAUACUUUUGACCAUAUAGUGUAUAUUAUAUAUAUAUAUUUAUAUGUGUGUGUUCUAUUUUAACGCUUGAUUAAAAGUACGUGGACGCCCCUCACUGUCGAGUUUGGCUCAUAACCCAGCGUGAUGCGUAAAAGAACAGACUUGGAAUGAACUGGCACUCCGAUCAAAGUCACAAAUGAACGGUGAGGUUGAAUGGGCACAGGUUUCCACAGGCACACUCCAAAAUCCUGGGAAGAGGUUUCUGAAUGCUUGUUUUGGAAGCCGGGGUCAGAGUUCAUGGUCAGCCGUUAUACGGCACCCCUGGAGCAGACAGGGUUAAGGGCCUUGCUCAAGGGCCCAACAGUGGCUGCAUUUCAGAGCUGGGACCCAGGCAACACAGACGAAGCAUCAAAACAAAACACAAAAUAAACUUAAUUAAUGAAAUUGGUGGCGAUCUGGUCUCACUGUGGUUUACAAGAUGUAACAUAAAGCAUCUACAAGAGGGCGUCUGUGUACAAGUUUAUUUAAUCAUUAUGAAUUUUCUCUGUGACCCAUUUUUUUCGGCUCUGUUCUAAACUAUCACUGUCUCUAAAAGAUGAUUUUACUGCUCCAUCCCUCGUUCAUUAUUUUAUUUAUAUUUUAACAGUCCACAUUAUUACAAACACGAUGGAUUCUGUUCUGUGCCGACGUAUUUGUGCUGCUGUUUGUUUAUUUUGUGUUAAAGUCACACGAUUAAAUAAAAUAAAAAUAAAUUUAACACGAGCAGCCUGGUGCAAAAGUU